GCGCAGAGUCUUCUGACGGCCCCAGCCAGGGAAUUUCAAUUUGAAACCUAGCGGAGGGAGGAGGCGGAGGGAGGAGGCGGGCCCCGCAGGUCGGCGCUGGAGCUGCAGCAGGACGGUCCCAGCGGCUGGCAACCUCCUGAGGCGCGGUGUCCGGAGCACAAGCUGUGACCAUGACUACUGAAGUAGGUUCUGCACCCGAAGUUAAGGAGGAAUCUGACCAGUUAGGAGCAGAAGCAACCAAGGAGGAGCCCGACGAAGUGGUGGAAAAUCAGCAGAAUCAGUCAUCUGGUCCAGAGGAGGAAAAAGGUUCCCAGUCAUCUCCUACAGCUGAAAGCCAAAGUAGUUCACGCCGCCGCAAGAGAGAGAAGGAUCCGUCUGAGAGAAGGGGCAUAUCUCGGUUCAUACCCCCAUGGCUCAAGAAACAAAAGUCCUACAACUUAGUCUUGGUCAAAGAUGGAGGAGAUAGAAAAGAGCCUACCCAAGCUGUUGUGGAAGAACAGAUUUUAGGUAAAGUGGAAUCUCUUCCUGCUGAAGAACGGCAGGCCAAGGGUGAUGCUGAAGAAAUAGCUCAGAGAAAACAAGAGGUUAAGGUUGAUGUCAAAGAAGAGAAACCUUCAGUGAGCGGUCCUGAGACACAGCCUGCUGAAGAAGUAAGUGAGGAGAAAGAAGAGAAGAUAAAUGAAAUACAGGAAGAUAAAUCAGAGGAAAUAACAAAAAGGGAGACAAAGGAAGUACAGACCAAUGAGCUACAAGCUGUGAAGCCCUCUCAAAAAACUGCCAAGAAGACCAAAACUGUCCCGUGUAAAGUGACCCUCCUGGAUGGCACUGAGUACAGCUGUGACCUGGAGAAACGUGCAAAGGGACAAGUGUUAUUUGACAGAGUGUGUGAGUAUCUCAAUCUCUUGGAGAAGGACUACUUUGGACUUAUGUUCCAGGAAAACCCUGAGCAGAAAAAUUGGCUAGAUCCCUCAAAAGAAAUCAAGAGACAACUGCGAAAUCUUCCCUGGCUGUUCACCUUUAAUGUGAAGUUUUAUCCUCCUGAUCCUUCUCAAUUAACUGAAGAUAUCACCAGAUACUUCUUGUGCCUUCAGCUCCGGCAGGACAUUGCCUCUGGUCGCCUGCCCUGCUCUUUUGUGACUCAUGUCCUGCUGGGAUCUUACACACUGCAGGCUGAACUUGGGGACUAUGAUCCGGAAGACCAUGACAGUAACGACCUCAGUGACUUUCUGUUUGCCCCCGCUCAGACAAAGGAGCUGGAAGAGAAGGUGGCAGAGCUGCAUAAAACCCACAGGGGCUUAUCUCCAGCACAAGCUGAUUCUCAGUUCUUAGAAAAUGCAAAGAGGCUUUCCAUGUAUGGUGUUGACCUGCAUCAAGCCAAGGAUUCAGAAGGCGUGGACAUCAAACUGGGCGUGUGUGCUAACGGUCUCCUCAUUUACAAAGACAGACUGAGAAUCAAUCGUUUUGCUUGGCCAAAAAUUUUGAAAAUUUCCUAUAAGCGCAGUAACUUCUACAUUAAAGUCAGGCCAGCAGAGCUGGAACAGUUCGAGAGCACCAUUGGAUUCAAACUGCCAAACCAUCGGGCAGCCAAACGGCUCUGGAAGGUGUGCGUGGAACAUCAUACUUUCUACAGGCUUGUGUCUCCAGAGCAGCCACCAAAGGCCAAGUUCCUGACCUUGGGUUCCAAGUUCCGCUACAGUGGUCGCACCCAAGCCCAGACCCGCCAGGCAAGCAGCCUCAUUGAUAGGCCAGCGCCACAGUUCGAGCGCACCUCCAGCAAACGGGUCUCCAGGAGCCUAGAUGGAGCUCUGAUUGGUGUUGUGGACCAAAGUCUUAUGAAGGAUUUUCCUGGCCUUGCUGGGGAGGUUGCAGCAUAUGGCCCCGGAGUUGUCAGCCCUGCUGCGGCGCAGGAUGGCGAUGGCAGAAGGGUCGUCAGAAGCCAAAUUAAAGCCCCACAUGUCCAAUUCAUUGAAGGAAAGCCUGUUUCUCUGUGUCCACCUUCACCACUCAUUCUCUAUGCUCCAUCUCUUUCCCCAAACGUGUUGCCAGUCCCUGAAAUGGACUUGCUUUCAGACAUUUCCGAGGAAGACCCCUUUGGGGAGGCCGACCAGAUCACACUAGACAGCUUAGAGCUCCUUCCCACGGGCGAACCGUCAGAGCAAGGGGACUCCGAAGUCGCCACCCUUGAGUCUGCCUCAGAUCCAGUUGUAGACCCUCCUCAGCCUGACUGUCCUCCCACCCAUGAGAAGCCUCAGAAAGAGGCUGACCACAAGGAUUAUGAGUUUGGGUAUUUUUCCUUCAGUGUCUGCGAAGCUUUUCCCCCUAGCUUCCUCUCACUUCUUGAUGAAGAUGGCUAUCUUGCCUUCCCCAGCCUCCCCAAGGUGUGGGUCUCCUUCCUCCCCAUUGACCUCUGGCACUAUGUUCCCAUUAGCUCGCCCUCAUUCCUCCCUUCCCUCCUCCUCAUCUUUGGGCUGCUUCUCUCUGCUUUUCAGUCAGUGCCAUUUUCUCUCACUGUUUCCCUUCCGCUGGCUCUAGCCCUCUGCUACCUGGAGGCUAAAGCCUCUUCCUUCAAUGUGUCUUAUGACUGUGACUUGAGUGACAGAACAGAGGGAGAGGAAGCAGUUGCUGGCACUCCUAAAUAAGCUUUAAUUUGUGGGGUCAACAAAACUACGCUUCAUCUUCCUAAUGUAGAGUGUAAACAUGUGCGUAAAUUUUUCCAAUGAUUACCCUCACAAUAGUGUGAUCUGCUCAUUUUCACACAUAAUGACAUUUUAGUGCAUGAGAAAUAGUGUAAUUAAAUACUUCUCCAUUGAUACCCAUUGACCAAAUCCACACUUCCUAAGUUGAGAGCAAAGAUACAGGAUUACUUUGUACAUGUCCAGACCAUUCUAGGUCUUUCAAAAAAAAAAAAGGAGAAGGAACCCGUUUUGUCCUCCUAGACAAUCCAUAUUGGGUCUGUCUCUCUUGUAGACAAAAAAAUGCUGUUCCUUUAGAGUAGAAACUUGUUUUGAUAUAGAGUUUAGGAUGCAGUGGAUAUAAUGUAAUUGAUGUAUAUUAAUAGAACUCCUUAGUAUUGUUGUUCCUUUUGUUAGAAAGCCAGCCUCCUCCUUGCAUUUAUGAGGAUGUAUCUGUGACCCUUACUCCUGACAUUUGUAGGUCUAAUCACAUAAAUUCCUGUCUCUGUUAUUGUGUUAUUAUAGCAUUUGGGGACCAGAUUAGUUUCAGGUAGUGUCUUUUUUUUUUUUUUAACUGUAAAUCACGUAAUUAUAUGAAAGAGACACUGUCAAGUAUAUUGUAAGGAAGAUACUAUUCUAUUUAACAAAUAUGUAUGAAAAAUGAAAUGUGGCUUUUUGAACUUAGACUGUAUAUAGCCCUAUGGUUGGGCCUCUUAAGUGUUCUUUUAUUUAAAAUUAGUUCUCUGGUUUGAGGACUUUUACCCCUCCCUCUGCACUACUAAGCCAGUGUUAGCAUGUGCAGUAUGUUUUUAAUUGUUUUGCUAAAUGUGGUCUGGCGACUUAGUGUCUCAUCCUGUGCAUACUAUCAAUGCAAAGAGUAAAUCACAAAAUUUAGAGCAAACCUAAAGAAAAAUGUGAAGAUAAUGUUCUGUUUAGGCAUAGUGGGAGAAACCAUGGAUUUUAAGAUUGCCUGAGGAGUACUAAAGAUUGACAUUUUUGAAAAUUGUGUUGACCUUGACCAAGGAGCUGAAAGAUGAUUCUUAACAGAUUGCUGUGUGGCUGUGUCUCAUUUUUCCCUUCUAAUAAAAAAGAUACUCUGAGCUCCCUGCUUACCUCUCAAAAAUACUUGAAUGGUUAAAAAAAAAAAAAAGCGUUUUGAACUCUCAGAUUUGACACUAUCAUUCCAGUAAAGAAGAAAAAAAAUAUAUGAUUUAUGAUGCUGCUGUAAAUUAACACGCAAAGGUUAAACUUUCCAUUUGGUGUCAAAAUCAGUAUUUUUCUUUCUUGCUAUUCCUUUCCUUGAAUCAGUAGUUGUCUGGAUUUAUGUUAGUUUUAAAUUUACAGAUUCAUUCUUUCAGGUCAUUAGAUGCCGAGAACUGCCCAACUAUGAAAACCUGUUUCUUUUUAGAAAUUUUUAUGAAAGAAAAGUGGCUAUAAAAUAUGAGUAUUUGUAAUACCCACCAUUUUAACAUGAAAGUUACAAAAAUAAACCCACUCCCCACCCCACCAAGGGAAAUAAAUCUAAGUUAAAAAACUAAAUAAUACAGUGAAUGUUUGUUCCUGGCAUAAAAUGAAAGCCCAAUCUUAUAUCAUUAUACUUUGCCCUUAUCACCAGGUUGAUGUACACAUUCAAAUCGGAACAGAUUGACUGAUGCCAUUUUUACACUCUUAUAUUUUCAUUUCUGAGCAAAAAAAAAAAAAAUUUAAAAGCAGCACAUAACCUAGGGACUGAGAAAGAGGGAAGCUUCCUUCCAUUCUCCAUUCCACCUUUGCAAAGGAUCAUUUUCAUCAUUUGUACAACACUCUAGGUGAAGAACCAAAGUGGCUUAAUAAUCUGCAUCUUCUGAGGGCCAAGCAGUCAAGGUUGGUAGUCCUGGUUCACCAUUCAAGUUCAAGUACAGCCUCUUUGCACCAAUGGUACAGUUUCCACUAUUACGCCCACUCCACCCCCCUUCUUUCUGGCCAUUUGCUGUGUGACUUUCAGGAGAAGAUGGAAGAGGAGGAAACACAACUGGAGGAGGUGGCUGUUUUUCCCCUAAAGUUCAGUAUCUGGUGGCUGCUGCCUGCCAUUACUAUUGUAUGUGGGGUGGUGCACUUUCAGGGUUGAUUUUUGAGUUGUGCUUGUUGUGGCUCUAGGUUCUUAAGAUUUUUAUUCCUUUCUUAUUUUAAUGUCUUAGACUAUCCAAUUCUGGGUCAUUUUCUGGUGCUUGCUGAUUGAUACACUUAUGUUUAUUUGCCUUUUCCCCCUGUGUGUGAU